GGCGUUAUAGGGAAAAUUUAGCGUGGAUAAAGUGCCCGUGGAGCACUAAGGUACUCUGUAGUAACUUCAAAUUUUGUUAAGGAUUCUCAGGUGGUGAGCGUAUCUGUGUAUUGUAUGAUGAUAGCUAUUUAAGUUCUUGUAUUAGAUGUGAUUUUGUAAGGUAAAAAGAUAAUUGUCAUUGAAGCAAAUACCGUUAACAUGAAUUCUAAACGAAGUUUUUGUUCGUGAUUAUAAUUUGUACGUAAAACAUGACGUAAUGUUCUGCACAAAUAAAUACUUCGUGUAUUUGUGAAAAUUUACUCAUUUUACAUUGACUUCAACUGAAUGACAGAAGGAAAGGUUUUAUAGUUUGAAUAUAGAAAGAGUGGUGUGACGUACAAUUCGAGUAAAUAUAAAAUGAAAAUAUGGCUAAUAGAUUAAUUCCAUUUGUAUACUGGGCACAAACAGAAAGUCAAAUUACAUUAAAGGUAGAUUUGACUAAUGUUAAGGAUUUAAAUUUUGACAUAGAUGAGAAGAGAUUGAGUGUUAAUGCUUAUGGACAAGGUGCCAAAGGUUUUAAUAAUUAUGGAUUCAGCCUUGAUUUAAAUUCAUUCAUCAACACUGAGGAGAGUAAUUACAAAGUAAUAGAUCGUGAAGUAAAUUUUGUAUUAAAGAAAAAAUCUCUUGGUUGGUGGCCUAGACUAACCAGUCAACCACAAAAGCCAGCUUGGUUAAAAAUUGACUUCGAUAAGUGGACAAGUGAAGAUUUAGAAGAAAGUGAGGAUAAAAAAUUGGAUAUCUGCAAUGAUUAUCCCGGCAUGUAUGACAAACUUUAUAAAGAAGAAUUUGGUUAUAGGAAAGAGGAUUCUAAGAAGGUGUACUUAAUUAUUUAUAAUCUUUGUCAGUUUGUUGGCUUUAUUUAUAUCCUUACUAUAAUGGCAAUAAUGUAUUCACGAGAUGGGCCAGCUUCAAUGAAAGAAACAUAUGUGGCUGUUGGAAACCCAAUGAAGUUUAUACAACUUUUACAAUUUUUAGAAGUUAUGCAUUCCUUAUUUGGUUAUACUAAAAGUAGUACAUUAGUAUCAUUUGUACAAAUAGGAGGUAGAGCAUUUGUUUUAUUUGCUAUGAUUGAAGCUGAACCACGUAUGCAAACAAAACCUGUUGUUUUUUAUUUAUUUCUUACUUGGAGUAUAGUAGAAAUAGUUAGAUAUCCUUAUUACAUAACACAAUUGCUUAAAACUGAAAUUCCAUUUCUAACAUGGUUAAGAUAUACUAUAUGGAUGCCUUUAUAUCCAUUAGGAUUCCUUUGCGAAGGAAUUAUAAUAUUAAGAAAUAUUCCAUACUUUGAGGAAACGGAGAAGUUUACUUAUUCGUUGCCUAAUAAUUGGAAUAUUGCAUUUCAUUUUCCAACGUUCUUGAGAACAUAUUUGCUUAUAUUUUGUUUACCUCUUAUGUACAUGUUAAUGUCUAGAAUGAAUCAGGUACGUUAUAAAAAAUUAGGUAAAUACAAAUUGAAAAAAAAGUAUACAUAAAUUAAUAAUUCAUUUUUAAUACAUAAAUUAAUUACAUUGCACGUAUGAUACACAAAUUUCGAUUCACUAAAGUUAUCUUUUUUUUCUAAUUUUUUAGUUCUCUUCUGUCUUCUAUAAUUAAGAAACAUUUACCAAAUAUUUUCGUUCUAUACAGAUUCCAAACUGUUACGUGUAGUGAUAAUAUAGUGACUUUAAAAUAUAGUAACUUUUAGAUGUAAUCAGGUAUUGAACAUUGUAAUUAAAUAUAAAUAUUGUCAUACUGC